AUGAGUGAAGCUCAAGCAGACCGUAUCUUAUCGAUUGCAAAUCAAGAGACAGUAAAUAGAUUAUUCAGAGUAUGCUAUAAAUAGAUCACAGGAUAAAGACCUGUUGGUAAAUUUCAAGAUAGCGAUCAUCAAGCUGUAUUGAAUUGUCACAGGAGAUUGGUUGAAGUACUAAAAAUUGUUGCACCUGCAAUUGUACCCUUAAGAGAAGAAUGAUUUAAUUAUACAUAUUGUUAUCAUCAAAACCAGAAUAUUUAAUA